CGGUUAUGGGGUUAAACGCUGCCUUCUCCGAACGACUGUUCAACGUUGUUUAUGCUGCAGUAUUGAGCUUAAUUAGUUUAAAUAAUCUUGUUUAAAUGUUGAAUAGGAUCUUUAUAUAUGCAUUGAAACCAGUGUCCUUUGUUUCUAAUGAAAACAUUCAUCGUUUGGCGCUAGCUAGCUAAACGACGUUGGCUAGGGUAGCUAUUUCCUAGAUAAACCAGCUAGGUUAGCUAACGCUAACUUCAGGCUUAGUUGGAUGUUUAACUAACUAGAUAAUUGCUUUGGAGAUACUGAGCCGGCUAGUUGGCGUCCAGUGUGUAUCAAUUGUCAAAACCCGAUAGCUAGCUUAGCCAAUUUACAUUACAAGUUAACAUGGGUUCAUCUAAGAAACACAAAGAGAAGGACAAGGAACGGGAUCCAGAAGACCGUCAUCGCGAGCACAAAAAACACCGCCAUAAGGAUCGGGAAAGGGAUAAGGAGCGAGAUGGAAACCGGGAGAAGGAGAAAAGGAAGAGAUCCCGGUCGCGAGAGAGAAGCAGCAGAGGCACCGAAAAAGAUGGUCGUAGCAAAGGUGAAAAGAGCAGCGGAGAGACACGAAUUAAGAAAGAGAGAGUGGAUCCCGGAUACGAAGAGAAUGAUGAUGUAGGUCCAAAAUCUGCAAGCGGUGAUGCUUCACUCAGCAUUGAAGAGACCAAUAAACUGAGAGCCAAACUUGGUCUGAAGCCUCUUGAGUUAAAUGAGAACAAAAAAGAACUUGGCACAAAGGAAGAGCCCUUGUUGGCUGAGGCAAUCAAUCCUGUACAUAUCAAACAACAGAAUGAAAUGAGGGAGAAGCUGGCUGCCCUGAAAGAGAAACGUCUGCUUAAUCAGAAACUUGGGAAGGUGAAGACACUCGGAGAUGAAGACCCAUGGUUGGAUGACACUGCUGCGUGGGUGGAAAGGAGUCGCAAAAUGGCUAAAGAAAAGGAGAUGGCAGAGAAGAGGGCCAAACUUUUAGAAGAGAUGGAUGAAGAGUUUGGGGUGAGCAGCCUGGUUGAACAGGAGUUUGCACAGAGCAAGAAGGAGGCUUACAGUUCAAAGGAUCUCAGAGGUCUUACAGUACAGCACAAGAUGGAAUCCUUUAAAGAGGGGGAGACAGUCAUUCUGACCCUACAGGACAAAGGUGUUCUGGAGCAGGAGGAGGAUGUGCUUGUCAAUGUGGGUCUGGUGGAUAAAGAGAAAGCAGAGAAAAAUGUGGAGCUUAAGAAGAAGAAGCCUGAUUACAAACCCUAUGAGGAAGAGGAGAGCGUCGAUGACAUGGUCACGUUUAAGCCAAAGUCUGUCCUGUCAAAGUACGAUGAGGAGAUAGAUGGUGAGAAGAAGAAAAGUUUCCGGCUGAGUACUGGCGGCAGCGCUACUGGGGAGAGAGAGCGUGAGCUACAGGCCAUUAAAGAAACCUUGCGCAGCCAGGCCCAGUCGCUGGUGAUGCCUGUACUCACCCUGGCCUCUGAAUACUACACACCACAGGAGAUGGUGGGCUUUAAGAAGACCAAAUGUCGGGUAAAAAAGAUCAGGAAGAAGGAGAAAAUACUCAAGGCUGGUGAACUCCUCACAGAUGACUCUCGCAACACAGACUUUGGCUCUAGGUCACGAGGUCGAGGGAGGAAGCAGGUGGAUGAGGAUGGAGAUGUGCAGGAGCCUGAAAAUGAUGCUGGAAGCAGUACCAAAGUGGCUGAUGUGCUGCAGCACUCUGAUGACAUUCGGACGGCUGACAUGGACAUCAGUGAUGAUGAUGACUUUGAGACUUCAGGGCCUGCGCUCGUUGAAGAAGAUGAGGCUGAGCAAGAGCUGCAAAAACAACUGGAGAAACAGAGGAAGCUUAAACAAAAGCAGAUGCUGAAAGACUCUGGGGAAAAGGUGGCAGAAAAACUUCAAGUUCUGGGGAAGGAUGGGGAAGAGGAUGAAGACCCUGAGAAGAAGAACAACAUUGUUUUUAAUGCAACCUCAGAAUUUUGUCGCACACUAGGAGACAUUCCCACCUAUGGCCUGUCAGGCAACCGAGAGGACCAGGAGGACAUCAUGGACUUUGAGCAGGAGGAGGAUCGAGAUGGAGCUGGAGGCUCUGAUUCAGAUAUGGACGAUAAUGUGGGCUGGAGUGCGGUCAACCUAGAUGAGGAGCAGAAGCAGCCAGAUUUUGCCACAGCAUCCACUACCAUCCUGGACGAAGAGCCCAUCGUCAACUCUGGCCUUGCAGCUGCCCUACUCCUCUGCAAGAACAAAGGCCUGUUGGAUACUCAGGUGCAGAAGGUAGCCCGAGUCCGUGCUCCAAAAGGAGCUCUGCCCAAUGACAACUACUGCAUUGAAGAUAAGAUGGCCAUUGAUGACAAGUACAGCAGAAGAGAGGAGUAUAGGGGCUUUACUCAGGAGUUCAAAGAGAAAGAUGGCUACAAGCCAGAUGUGAAGAUCGAAUAUGUAGAUGAUUCUGGACGCAAGCUCACCCCUAAAGAGGCUUUCAGACAGCUAUCUCAUCGUUUCCAUGGCAAAGGUUCUGGAAAGAUGAAAACUGAGAAACGAAUGAAAAAACUAGAGGAAGAGGCGCUGCUGAAGAAGAUGAGCAGCAGUGACACACCGCUGGGAACAGUGGCCCUGCUGCAGGAGAAGCAGAAGUCCCAGAAAACCCCCUACAUCGUCCUCAGUGGCAGUGGAAAGAGCAUGAAUGCAAACACCAUUACCAAAUAGAAUUCUGUGAUCUGAACCCCUCGGAAUAUUCUUGUACAGAACAUCUUGUAGGAGAAAAUGCUUUUGCAAAAAUUUGCUGCCUUUAAUCAAUAAAAUAAAGCAGUCCCUCAGUGGUGUACAUACAGUCUUAUGUUUGAAUCUCAUAUCUCAAGUUUUGUUAUUGUCUCUUUUCCUUCAUUAAAAGCUUUAACUUUAAAAUGGACUCAAAAUUCAGUUUGUAUAAGCCUGACGUGUUGGAUCAAGGGAUUUUAAACACCUAUAAAUAAAAAUGGGUGUUUUUAAUAAUGUGCUGUACGGUGUACUGAUUUAAGAAAAAUGUGAAAAAUAAAGAAAUGUAGAUCUCUGUGCUGGACUUGUA